AUGUUGGCAGCACGCGUGUCGAGAUCGACGCUCAUCCCAGUUCCUUUCAAGCCCUGUACAACCAUCUUCCUCAGAGCGAGAUGGUCCAGUACCCACGCAGAGGUUCCGCUACAAAACAAGUCGAAGGUGUGGGGGUCUCCCGACGAGGCCGUUAAAGAUGUGAAGUCAGGAGAUGUACUUUUAUGUGGUGGUUUUGGUUUGGCUGGUGUGCCAGACACUCUUCUUUCCGCUUUGGUCAAACGCAAGGAAGUCACAAAAUUAACAGCGGUGUCCAAUAACGCUGGCGCAGGUGACUCUGGACUUGGAAAGCUGUUCAACAGCAAACAGAUUGACAAGAUUGUUGCAUCAUACCCUGGCGGAAACAAAGCCUUUGAGGCUCUAUACCUUAAGGGCGAGGUGUCUUUAGAACUAUGCCCCCAAGGUACACUCAUCGAACGUCUCCGUGCCCAUGCUGCUGGUAUCCCGGCCUUCUUCACCCCUACCGGAGCAUCAACAGCAGUAGAAGAUGGUUCCAUCCCAGUGCGAUACAACGAAGGAGGAUUUGCUAAUGGAGUCAAGAUACCAGGUAUCAAGAAAGAGAUGCGAGAAUUUGGAGGUCGUAAGUACAUCAUGGAACCGGCCAUUGCUGGCGAUGUGGCUUUCGUUCGUGCAUGGAAAGUCGAUGAGGUUGGCAACUGCGUUUUCCGGUACACUCAGCAGAAUUUUAGCACAGUCAUGGCGAAGAAUGCAAAACUCACGAUAGUGGAGGCGGACCAAAUUGUGCCUACUGGUUCUCUUUCACCAAACGCCAUUCAUGUUCCUGGUAUUUACGUCGACCGGGUUGUUCAGGCGACCGCGCCAAAACAGAUAGAACAUAUCAAGCUUGCGCCAAGCCCAUCAUCUUCCGGUGAACAGUCCACUCUUACUCCUGAGAAAGAAUUCGCACAGAAGAUGCGACAUCGUACUGCAAAACGCGCCGCCAAAGAGCUCAAGGAUGGAUUCUACGUAAACCUCGGUAUUGGCAUACCUACUCUCAUUCCUGCGUACCUCGAGCCCGGUGUGAGUGUUUGGCUGCAAAGCGAGAAUGGCAUCCUCGGUAUGGGGCCAUACCCUACGGCAGAGCAAGUGGAUCCGGAUCUCAUCAAUGCGGGCAAAGAGACUGUGACUUUGCUGCCGGGCGCCUCAGUCUUUGACUCGAGUGAAUCAUUCGCUAUGAUCCGCGGUGGUCAUGUCGAUCUUUCCAUUCUCGGCGCUAUGCAAGUAUCGCAAGCAGGCGACAUUGCUAACUUUAUGAUUCCUGGAAAAUUGGUCAAAGGUAUCGGAGGAGCUAUGGACCUGGUGUCUAACCCUGACCAGACAAAGGUCAUAGUUGUCAUGGAGCACUGCGCAAAGGACGGCAGUCCAAAGAUUUUGAAGGAAUGCACUCUUCCGCUCACCGGUGCCCGUACUGUUAGCCAAAUCAUCACGGAGUUGGCCGUUUUCGACGUUGACAGGAAGAACGGUCACCUUGAGCUUGUUGAACUCCAAGAGGGCGUAACUCUUGAUGAAGUCAAAGCGAAGACCGGCUGCGAUUUCAAGGUACGGAGUGACCUGAGCAAGCUUUGA